AUGUCGUCUGAGAAAGAGAGAGAGCAUCUUGCCAACAAAGCCCCGGAGGAGGGCGAUGCUCCUCCUGCCUAUGAGACAGGCGAACCAUCGUCAGCUAGGGAGAUUGCCUCCCCGCCCGCAGCUACUGGCGAAUCCUUCAAGGCCUCAAUGCGCCCAACUGCAGACGCGCCCUUCAAUUUCCCCGAAGAUGGUCCCUUGCCCACUUAUUCAGAGGCGUCUUCCAGCAAGCAGCCACCUAUCGCAAUCCCACAGGAGUCCCCCACUCCCACUGCUCCGUUCCUCAAUGCCUACCCUCCCGCUCUGCUGAGCCAUGGCAUCACGCAGGAAGCUUGGUCUUCUUUCCUGGACACAAUGUCUGCUUUUUUGACGGCCAAGGUUGGAGAGCGUGCAAUCAAUCACGCUGGGGACAUUGCCAAGAAGGUCGGCGAGCGCCCGACAGGCUUUGUCAAGAACGUCGUUUCACACACUAAGAGUGUUGGAAAGAGCAUUGGCGAUAAUGCAAAGAGAGGCAGCAUCAUUGGGGCAGCCUUUGGUGUCAUCGGCGGCGCCAUUUCCAUUCCCGUCGGGGCUGCUCUUGGCGCGGUUGGUACAGUCGUGAGCCUCCCAGCGCAUACAAUUGCGGCUGUGACGAGGAAGCCCAAGACACCAGCUGAGCGAGCGGUGGCGUAUGUCACCGUCGCCAACAAAGACUGGUUCAACAAGAGAGGACUACACGCAAGCCUAGUCAACACUGAUCAGCUUUCCGAGGUUCUUGGUGUCUCGGUCAAGGCCGUGCUGGAGGCAUCUACUGGGGAUAAGAGUGGAGGUGCAGAGGGACAGUUGAGUACUUUGAGGGAGCACAUUGCCCAUUUGGAGAUUAAAGGGCCGGGCGUCAUUGAUCUGGCUGACGCAACGACGUGGUUGGUCGUGGUGCGGAUAGAGGCGACACCUGAGCAUCGCGAGUGA